AUGCUGUCACCGGGCGGGUUCAUGUUUGGCAUUGUCAACAUUGUGGGCAACUUCGGUGCCGUCUUCCUCGAUAAUGGUUAUUGGAUGAGUGCAAUAGCAUCGCGCCCCUCCUCCACGCACAGAGGCUACAUUCUCGGAGGCCUUGUCUGGUUCGCUGUCCCAUUCUCCCUCGGGACCUCCCUCGGCCUUUCCAGCCUUGCCUUGGGAUUACCUGUCACUCUAGAGGAAGCUUCCCGGGGCCUUGUUCCCCCAGCUGCAGCCGUGGCUUUAAUGGGGGAUGCAGGGGCAGUGCUUAUCCUCGUUAUGGUGUUCAUGGCUGUCACUUCUGCUGGGUCUGCGGAGCUUUUAGCGGUUUCCUCGCUGAUGACUUACGAUAUUUAUCGGACAUAUAUCAACCCGAGGGCGACCGGGCGGCAGAUUUUGUUUUACUCUAGGGUUUUCGUGCUGACGUAUGGGCUGUUUAUGGGUGUACUGGCGGUAGGGCUUAGCGAGUUGCGGGUUUCCCUAGGCUGGAUGUACCUUGUAAUGGGCGUGCUUAUAGGCAGUGCGGUUAUACCCGUAACGAACCUGCUCCUAUGGAAGAAGGCGAAUGCAGUGGGGGCGAUAGCCGGGUGCAUUAUAGGAAUGAUUUCGGGUGUAGUAUCGUGGAUUACUGUAGCAGUGGUCAUGUACGGCACUGUGGAUCUCAACAGUACGGGAGAGGAGGCGCCUACGCUGACUGGCAACCUGGUGUCGUUGUUUGUGGGCGGCAUCGUGCAUGUGGCCUUCAGCCUCAAGUACCCAGAUGAUUACGACUAUGCGAGCACGAAAGCCAUAACGCUGUACCCAGACGACUACGACUAUGCGAGCACGAGAGCCAUAACGCUGGUGGACAGAGACUGGCAUUCAGACAUUCCCCCCUGGGAGCACGAUGAGACUCGCCUCAAGCAAGCGCGCCACUGGAUAAUCCUCUGGGGGGUCUGCCUCUCCGUGGUUCUCCUAGCCCUCUGGCCGCUGCUAGCGCUUCCCGCGGGGGUAUUUUCCCUGGGGUAUUUCACUUUCUGGGUCGUGAUUGCGAUCACGUGGGGCGUGGUUGCGUCCGCGGUGAUAAUUUUCCUGCCCGUAUACGAGAACUGGCGCGGAUUAUGGCUGGUCUUAGACGGGUUAUUUACGAGUGAUAUUUUGCAGGAGAAGGUUGAUGAUAUAGGGCUGAGAUUGGCUGCGAUCAUGGCUACCAUACCUGAAGCGGAGGCUCGGUACCUACAGUACAAGCGGGAGAUUUACGAGCUUCGGCAUAGAAGCUCGGGAGUGCCUAGCUCAGCCAAUUCAAUGGAAGAGGACGAUUUUGAGUUUGAAGGACCAGUUUCUUCGCGAGUCGCGCCCACCAACGGUCAAGAAGCUGCUGGCGCGGGCCGCACGAAGAGCUCGACUGACCGUUUGAAGGCUGGCGGUGCGGUUUCGUCGGGAUCCGAUGGGGGAGGCGGGGGAGGGGAGGUGGAGGAGGUUGGGGAGGAGGAGGUGGAGGAGGUAGAAGAGGAGGUGGAUAUAUAUCCUAUGGAAGAUGAGCAGGCGUCAUUUCCAGCUGCUGUGGCUGCAGCAGACGACCAUGCCACCACCACCAUACUCACCCUUCGUGCCUGUGUGGAAGAGAAGGAUGCAACCAUCAAGAAGCUGCAGUCACAAUUGGAUGAGGCACACGCGGAUCUGCACAAGUGGCGCUCGGCCUUCCAUCCUGCCAACAUCCUUGCCCCUGAGACUACAGCUGAGCCAGCAGCGGUGGUAGCAGCGUUUGAGGCAGUGCGGGAGGCAGAGGCGCAACUGCAAGAGAAGUUGCUAGCAGCGCGGAGGAGAGAGGCCGCCAUGCUGAUUCGACUGGCGGGCAGGGAGCAGGAGGUGGUUGCUGUCAAUGAGCAGCUGCAGCAGGUGUUGGAGAGCAUGCAGCCUGCCAGCACGCAGACUCGCUCGCUGCUGCUGGAUGCCGCCAUACAUGCCGAGUUCAAACGACUCAAGACUGAGAGCGAGGCGCUGGAGCGGCGAGUGAGAGAGCUACAGGACGACCUAGCAGCGGUGCAGUUCACGCCACACAGCAAGAACGGCAAGAUGCUCAUGGCCAAGUGCCGCACGCUACAAGAGGAGAAUGAAGACAUCGGCAGGGAGGCUGCUGAGGGGAAGGUGCAUGAGCUGGAGAACAAGCUGGCCCUGCAGAAGCAGCUCAACUCCGAGCUCAAGCGCGGCUACCAAGAGCUACAGGAGUAUGUGGAUGAGAUCAACGAGGAGGCAGAGAAGCUCGAGGAGACGGUGUACAAGCUGCAGAGGCAGCUGCAGCUCAGGGACGCCGAGGUGCAGGAGCUCUCACGCUUCAAGGCAAAUAAACGGAAGAAGCAGCACAAGGAGCACGCAGAUGGCAAACACGGGUACCAGGGUCACCACUCGCAGCACGCAAAUCAUUCCCACCAUCUCCACCACAGAUCCUCGAGCGAUGAGGAAUCCGACGGCGAGCAUUCGUCCCGGCAUUCGCAUCACAAAAACCGACACGGAUAUUCUGAGGAUCACUCGCACCGCCAUGACCAUAGCCACAGUCAUGGCCAUCGUAGCCAUGAGGGUGAGGAGCAUCAGCACAGGAAGCACCAUCGGCACCAUGACGAGGAACAAUCCGCAAUUCACCAUCAGCACCACCAUCAUCACAAGCACCGCCACGAGCAACAUCAUAAGCACAGCAGCCAUCACAGCCACGACGCGACCCAUCCGCAUCAUCAUAAUCCCCACAAGCACCACCAUCAUCAUCACCAAGAGCAUCGCAAGGAUCAUCAUCACGAGCAUCACCAUGACCACAAGCAUCAUAAACGGCAUCAGCACGAGGCAGAGAGAGUGGAUCACCAUCACUCGCAUCACCAUCACCAUCCCCACGGACACCACCAUAAACGGCACAAGGACCAGCGGCGACCAACCGACGCCAGACUCCCGCCAUCUAUUGCCGGAAUCCCUCCCGGGCCGCUCACAGACUUCGCCUUCUGGGUUCGCAGAACCUUCCUGUCGAAAGACGCGUUUGAGCCGCCGCAGCCGCCGCCGUACAGCAUUAAUCUCUCCAAGGACCAGGCCGUGCUGCUCCUUAAUGUCCUCGCGUUCGGAUACGCCGCCACCGCGGUGACCGUUAAGCUCAUGCAGGAGCUUCACGGGGGGCCCGGCGCGGGGGGAGAGGUCGGGGGAGCGCUUGCCGGCGCGGCAGCGGUGACUGCGGCGGGGGUGGCGGUCGGGGAGGCGAUUUCGACGCCUGUGGGGGAGGUAGUGAGUGACGUAAUUGGGGGAGGGUUUUUCAGCGGGCUGCUGGGGGAGGGUGUGUUUGAGGGUAUGUUCGGCUCAGGUGCCGUUGGUUAUCCUCUUUUUGGGAGUCUCGAUACAAGCGUAGAGUUCGCGAUUCGGUUUUUGUUCGCGACGAUCGGGCUGGGCGGGUUCGCGCUGGUGAGACACGUGGCGAGGAUACACCACGAGAGGACGCACCAAAAGGAGGCAACCUGGGGAGAGAAGGUGCUCGGAAACUUUCGAAACUCGUGGGAUGCGGCGUGGGACAUGUGGGGUAACACUGGGUUGAGCAACCCCAUGACGGCUUUACUGGGGGAGGGCGCAACUGACGGCGGGGAGACCAACAACAGGGGCAGCAACGGCCGGGGAGAAACAGAGCCGGAGGAAGAGAAAGUGAAGAAGAAAGGCAGGAGGGGGCAAGGAGGCAAGGAGGGGCUAGCGGCGGGGGUGUGGGAGUCAAUGGUGGGCGGCAGCAAGAAGGAGCGGCGGGAGAGGAAGGCGAUGGUGGUGGGGGGCGUGGAGCUGGGCGUGUGGAUGUUUGUGACGUACGCGGGGCAGGCCAUUGGGCUCGAAACCACCUCCGCGGAUGACGCUGCUCUCAUCCUCACCGUCUCGGUGGUGCUGGUUCCGUUCCUGGAGGCCCUGUCAGGCACGCCCAUCAACCGCAGCGUGUGGAUUGCCACACUCCUCGCCUGCACCGGCAUGGUGAUGUUGGAAGGCGGAGAGACCAUCACUGCUGUUGCAGUAGCAGCCACGCCAGCUGACAUCAUCGCCAGCUCAGCAUCAGCUUCCUCCAAUGCCAUCGCUGACACAGCAGCAGCAGCGCUGGCAUCGGUGCCCGUGCAAUGGAGCCUGCCUGUGGGCCACGUGUGGUGCCUCAUUGGCGCUGUGGGCUCUGCCAUCCACGUGGUCCGUUCCGAGGUUCUAUGUGCGCGUUACGAUCCGCUCAUCCUCGUAAUUCUCCAGCUCGGCACCACGGCAGCUAUCGGCGUGGUGUGGGUGCUGCUCUCGCUGGCAGGCAUCGCGCUCACAGCAGGGGGGAGUGCAGUGGCGGGGGCAGACGGCAGUGGGGCAGUAAUAGCGUGGAACCAGCUGCUGGCCGUGGCUGCUGCUGCUCCCAUCAGCAUGGCAUUGCUGGCUGGGCCCUUUGGAACAGGCAUGUGCGAGUGGCUGGAGAUGGAAGCACUGCGGUUCGUGCGAGCAUCAACAGCCACGCUCAUUCUCACCAUGAGCCCACUCUGGGGCAGCCUCCUGGCCUUCUUUUUGCUAGGAGAAACACUUAGCACAUCCACUGCUGCGGGCGCCAUUCUUAUACUGCUCGCCAGCCUAGAGGUGCAGCUGUUAGCGCCACAUGCAGAUGGGGAGGAUGAGGAGGGAGAGGAAGGGUAUGAACAGUAUGUGCAGGAAGGGAAGGGUGGAUGGUUAGGUUUUGGCAAAAAAUGGUGA